CGAAUCAGUUUGUGAGAAAAACGCGCCGGACACGGACACGUACGUGGAUUGCGGCGGAGAAUCCGUAUAAUCGAGUGGAGCGCCGGGAAACAUGACCAAAACAACGAAGCCCAAGGAGAAGGCGGCGGGAACGCUGGCGGGGACGGGCUUGGGGUCGGGAUCGGGGGCCAAGGCGGGUGGCGGCAGUCUGCUGACAAAUGCGGCGGACAGCAAGAUCCGUACGGCGAAGUCCAACAACAACAAACGGCAGUCAGGACGAUCUGCAGCAGCAACAGCAACAACAAUCGCAGCAGCAGCAACAGGAUCAAAUGCAGCUGUGAAAGAGACGGCAAUAGCAAACGAAACGGAGCCCGGAGUAAAGGCAGCGACGCCGACAUCGACGGCGGCAGAGGCAGCGACGCCCGCCGCAGCGAAUUUAUCGACACUUGAGUCCGCGCGCUCGCAGGCUCACACUUCAGUUGUCAGCGAAACAGCAAGCCAAGCGGUAACCACAGCAAACGCGUCGGCAACAACAGCAGCAGCAGCAGCAGCAACACCAACAGCAACAGCAACACCGAGCGACACGGCAGCAACAAUUGUAGCCGCGACCGAUGAUGAUCAUCGCAGUGCGAUAAAUAAUAACAAUCAGCCGCAGAACGACGCGAGUGAAAGUGUUGAUAAUAAAAUCAAAGUGAUAAACUAUGCGCAUCAGUCGGAGGAUCAGCAGCAACAGCAACAACAACAGCAGCAACAACAGCAUCAACAUCAGCAUAUCUACGAGCAGCAACAUUCGUUUCUCAACCAGCAACUAAUAAGCCAUCAGCAACAGGAGCAACACCAGCAGCAACAGCAGCAGCAACAUCAAGUGCAGCAGCAACACCAGCAGGCGGUGCAGGAGCAACACCAGGCCAGUUGGUUGGCCUAUGAUUUAAGCACGGCGGCGGUAUCAGCAGCAGCGGGAGCGGCCGCAUCGCACCACCUCUUUGGCCACUACUCCUAUCCGGCCGCCCAGCUCUACGAGCACUACGCCGCCAGCACGGAUCCCAUAAUGCGGAACAACUUUACGGUGUACGGCGUUUACGGAGCCGGGGGCGGUGUGGGCGUGGGCAUGGCCAGCCACGAGCACCUGGCGGCGGCGGCAGCGGCAGCAGCAGCGGCCCAGGGUCAAACGCCCAACAUCGAUGAGGUGAUCCAGGAUACGCUGAAGGAUGAGUGCUACGAGGACGGGCACAGCAGCAACUAUCAUGUGCUGACUUCGGUGGCGGACUUGCACUCCCUCAAGGAGGCCAGUCCAGUUCCGGGGAUUUAUCACCUGACCAACGAACAAAUCCACCAACAGCAGCAGCUCCACCACCAGCAGCAGCAACUCUACCACCAGCAACAGCAGCAGCAGCAGCAGCAACACCAGCAGCAGCAUCACCACCACAACAACUCGACCAGUUCGGCUGGCGGGGAUUCGCCGACGUCCUCGCACAACCUGCAGAGCUUCACCCAGCUGACCAUUCCCGCCCAGCGCGACAGCCUCUCGCCGGAGAACGUCGGCUACUUUGGGGCCAGCCAGCUCAGUCCCAGCUUGCAGAACAGCUCUGUUUAUGCUGGGUCCUUGCUCACCCAGGCGGCCAAUGGCAUUCAGUACGGGAUGCAGUCGCCCAACCAGACGCACGCCCACCUCCAGCAGCAGCACCACCAGCAGCAGCAGCAUCAACAGCAGCAGCAGCAACACCAGCAGCACCAGUUGCAGCAGCAGCAGCAGCAACACCACCACCAGCACCACCACAACUCCGGCAGCAGCAGUCCGGGGCCAGUGGGUCUGCACCAUUCGAGUUCCGCGGCAGCGACGGUGGCAGCGGUUGCGGCGGCAACGGCGGCGGUCAACGGGCACAACAGCUCCUUGGAGGACGGCUACGGAUCGCCGAGGAGCAGCCACAGUGGUGGUGGGGGCAGUGUGGGGGGAGGGGGCGGUGGCACUCUGCCGGCCUUCCAGAGGAUCGCAUCCGCGAGCAGCGGUUAUGCCAGUGGCGUGCCCAAUGGUUCGGUCAGUGGCGCCGAACGCUACGCUCCAAUGGCCAAUUAUCGCAGUCAGAACGACGUGUGGUACGACCAAAUAAGCUACGCCUCCGCCGCUUCUGGCCAAGGGCAAUUGGGAGUGGGAGUUGGAGCCGGAGUGGUCACCAAUGUGAUACGGAAUGGAAGGGCCAUCUCGGCGGCAAAUGCAGCAGCCGCAGCAGCAGUGGAAGGAACCACGGGUCGCAUGGAUCCCGCUUUCCUCUCCGCCUCGGCAUCGUUGUCAGCAAUGGCCGCUGAAUCAGGCGGGGAUUUCUAUAAGGCCAACUCAUUUAAUGUGGGCGGCGGUGGCCGUAGUAAGGCCAACACGAGUGCUGCCGCCGGCGCGCAGGCCUACGGCUCCUGUCCAGGCGCAAGUGCAACCUCGGCCACUUCGGCGGUGGCGUCCGGAACGCCGGCGACUGCAGCGACGACGCUCGACGAGCACGUUAGUCGCGCCAAUUCGAGACGCUUGAAUGCCACAAAGCGCGCCGGAUUGUGCUGCUCCAACUGCCAAACCACCCACACUUCUCUGUGGCGCCGCAAUCCCGCCGGAGAGCCCGUUUGCAACGCCUGCGGAUUGUACUUCAAGCUCCACAAUGUCUCCCGACCGCUGACCAUGAAAAAGGAUACCAUACAAAAACGCAAACGCAAGCCGAAGGGCACGAAGAGCGAAAAGGGGAGAAAGUUGAAGAACGCCUUGAAUGCCACAAUGGAGAACGGUUCCCUGGCGACGGUGUCCCACAUUGGUGGUGGCAUUCGCACAGAUGGCAGCCAAAUGGGUGCCGAUGAAGAUAUGAAACCACAGCUCGACCUGAAACCAUACAACUCAUACUCAUCGCAGUCGCAGCAGCAACAUCUGCAGUACCAGCAGCAGCAGCAGCAACAGCAACAACAACAACAGCAGCAACAGUUGCUAAUGGCUGAUCAGCACUCAUCGGCGGCCAGUUCGCCACAUAGCACGGGUUCCUCCUCAUUGUCGCCAUCAGCCACAUCACAUUCGCAUUCCCAUUCCCAUUCGCUUUCGCAUCAGCAGCAGCAACUUUGCUCCGGACUCGACAUGUCCACCCUCAACUUGCAUCAGCAACAUCAGCAGCAGCAGCAGCAAUCGAUCAGCAUGCAACAUUCGCCUAGCACGCCCAUUUACAACACCCCAUCGCCCACUCAUCAGCUCCACAACAACAACAACAACAAUAGCACGCUCUUCAACAACAACAACACGCUGAAAUAUCUGCAGGCGCAGCAAAUGAGCAGCAGCGGCUCCAGCAGCGACCAUCAGUUGCUGGCGCACCUGAUACCGAACUCGAUUACGGCAGCUGCGGCGGCAGCAGCGGCAGCGAUCAAGACGGAGGCCCUGUCCCUCACCUCGCACGCCAACUGCUCCACACCGUCAUCGGGAGCGGGGGUCACCUCAACACCGACCACGGCAUCGAGCACAUUAUCCUCGCUGAGCAACAGCAACCUUAUUAGCCUGCAGAACCCGUACCAUCAGCUGGGAUUGGAGCAGGCACUGUGCAAACCAACUCGGCCAUCGCCACCGUACUAUUUGACUCCGGAGGAGGAUGACCAGCCGGCGGCCAUCAAGCUGGAGCAGAUGGACCAGCCGCAGCAGCAACAGCAGCAGCAACAGCAGCAGCAACAUGAUGAACUAAUGCUCAGCCGAUCCUCCUCGUUGGACGAGCACUACGAACUGGCCGCCUUCCAGCGACAACAGCAACAACAGCAGCAGCAGCAACAUCUGCAACAGCAACAGGCAGCUGCUCUUUUGGGGCAACACGAGCAGCAUGUGACCAACUACGCCAUGCACAAGUUCGGAGUGGAGCGGGAAACGGUGGUGAAGAUGGAGUAGCUGGCAGACGCCAAGUAGCUACUGCCUGGGACCAUGACCAAAGAUUCUGUUGUUACAUUAAUCUCAUAGCUCCAAAGAAUUUAUAGCCCUUAGUCGCCCGUAUACCAAGAGCCGUUCUACAAGAACUCUCGAAUAACGAAAUCAAAACGAUCGCAUCAUUAGUUGUACAUACAAGACAUACGGUUUAAGCCAGUCAAUUGACAUUUCCAUUUUCGGCGAAUUUGAAUCGUCAACUACUCGAAAUUUGUUAUCAAAAACUAGUUUAAUUCUUAGCAAAAUCGAUUCAGAGCCUAGGUUAAUACUAAUCAUUUAAAUUUGUUAUCAAAUCGAAUACCUUUUGAGAUUUCUUACAAUCAAAUUCCACUUAGAUAUUAGAUAUUAUUUGUAGAUAAGCCAGCAAACAAUGACAAAAACCGAAAAAAGACAUCAAAAUCAAAAAGAAUCGAAGUAACCAAUAAUCUCAUGCAGUUUAGCUAGUAAUUUAUAUAUUUGUUAUGCAAUUAUCGAUAAAUAUUUAAAGAAAUUUAAGUUUUUAGUCUAUAACAUUUUACAUCAUCUUUGCAAUAUUAAUUUUAUUUCUUUUGAGCGAAUAAAAGACAAUUGUCAUGAA